AUCCAAAUAAAAGGUAGGUAAAGAGAGAAGUGGCGAAUCCCAGUACCAAUAGCAGCGUCACAGUUGAAAAGCAAAAGCAACAGCUGAAGCGGCGGAGAUUAAUCGGCGGCCGGAGUAAAAAAAAAUGUCGAGCGUUGAGGAUGACAAGAAACCGGCCGAUACAGGAGCGCACAUCAAUCUCAAAGUCAAAGGACAGGAUGGAAAUGAAGUGUUUUUCAGGAUCAAGAGAAGCACUCAACUGAAGAAGCUUAUGAAUGCUUAUUGUGACCGACAAUCUGUGGAUUUCAAUUCUAUUGCUUUUCUGUUUGAUGGCCGUCGCCUCCGAGCUGAGCAGACUCCAGAUGAGCUGGAAAUGGAGGACGGUGAUGAAAUAGACGCAAUGCUUCACCAGACUGGAGGAGGCACAACUGCUUAGCAAGGAUGGAAAUGAAGUAGUAUUAUUGUAGUAUAUAUAUAUAUCCGUAUUUUAUCGACUUCUUAAAUAUCCGGAUAUGUUUCGAUUACCCUAUUGCUAUUUUUACAAGGCUUUAAGUAUCUUAUUAUGAUGUGAAUGCAAAUCAGUUCUAUUUUUAUAAGUCUUUUAAGAAUUUUGUGCGGUUGAUUA